UUGUCCUCGUGUUGGCGUAAUGUUAGGCGUCCCAAUGCACAAUGUCAUAAAUAGCCUUAUCCUCGAGAAGGACACACGGCCUUCAGGCUCAUGACAUGACCUCCAUCAAUAUGGCCUUGACCACCCUUCUCAGCGCAGCAAUCGGACUCGCCCUGCUGUAUUUAAUUAAAACAGUCUUUGAUAAAAAAUCAAUCGCCCCUCUCCCUCCAGGCCCUCCACCGAGGCCGAUUAUCGGCAACCUCGCAGACCUUCCGUCUCCAGGACAGCAGGACUGGGUCCACUGGCUCAAGCUCAAAGAUACUUACGGUCCAAUAAGUUCAAUCACCGUCCUGGGGCAGACAAUCGUCAUCAUCAACGAUGCGCGAAUCGCAUUCGACCUGCUCGAUAAACGGUCCAAUAUUUACUCCUCGCGACCGAGGAUGAUCUUUGCCGGUGAAAUGGUCGGAUGGGAGGAUUUCCUCGCGAUGCAGCCGUACUCUGAUACAUUCCGUUCCUACCGCAAGGCCAUGCACCGCGUGCUGGGGACGAAGAAUGCCGUUGCGCAGUUCAAUCAGCUUCAAGAGGUUGAAGUACGGCGGCUUCUGCUGCGUGUUUUGCAGAGGCCGGCCGAUUUGAAUCAGCAUAUUAGGACGUUGACUGGCGCGGUUAUUCUGAAGAUCGCAUAUGGAUAUAAUAUCGAACCACACGGUCGUGAUCCUCUCGUUGAACGUGCUAAUAAGGCGCUGGAGAAUUUCUCUGUUGCGGCCACCCCUGGGGCUUGGAUGGUUGAUACUGUCCCGUUUUUGAGGUAUAUACCAGCUUGGUUCCCCGGUGCAGGAUUCAAGCGCACGGCUGCAUCCUGGAGAGAGAAUCUCCUAGAGACAACUGAGAAGCCCUAUCGUCUUGUCCUGCAGCAGAUGGAGCAAGACACAUACCCGGCUUCAUACUUAUCCAAACUGCUAGAGGAAUCCCAAGGCCGCAGCCUCACACCAAAAGAAGAACAGGUGAUAAAAUUCUCAACGGCGUCUCUCUACGCUGGUGGUGUAGAUACAACCGUCUCGACCAUAUCCUGCUUCUUCCUCGCAACGGCUCUGUUCCCAGAUAUCCAGAAAAAGGCCCAGGAAGAACUCGACCGUGUCAUCGGUCCUAAUAAACUACCCUCCUUCGCCGACAGAUCUAGACUGCCUUAUAUUGAGGCCGUCGUCAAAGAGUCUCUGCGCUGGCAUCCCGUCGCCCCAAUGGGUAUCCCACACAUGUGCACCGAAGACGAUGUAUACGAGGGAUACCUCAUCCCUAAAGGAUCCUUGGUGUUGCCUAAUAUAUGGACAUUCACCCACGACCCAUCCGUCUACCCAAACCCAACAACAUUCAACCCAGACCGAUUCCUGGGCGUCAAUCCCCAGCCAGACCCGCAUAAUCUGACAUUCGGCUUCGGUCGCAGAAUCUGUCCUGGUAGGAUUCUGGCGGAUUCGACGGUAUUCUUGACCAUCGCGCAGUCGUUGGCUGUGUUUGAUAUUUCUCCUGGUGAGGGUGCAAGGGCGGAGUUUUUGCCGGGGGUUAUUAGCCAUCCUGAGCCGUAUGGACUGGAGAUCACACCUAGGAGUGUGCAGCAUAUGGAAGUGAUUAGGGAGGUGGAGGUGGACGUUCCGUGGGGGAAGGAUAUUGAAAGUACAUCGUAGAGCCACUAUGAAAUUUCUUCCCACUCAUCAAUAUACGAGGAAUAGCCUUUUUUAUGCUUGAUCACGUCUAUUCACCUAGCCACCUAAAUAACUAAACAAACAAGAAGCCAGCACCCUACUCUAGCCAGAAACAGAAACAAAGAAUCUAUCUUGAUAUCGCAC